AUGUCUGAUAACUUUUCAGAUGACAAUAUAAUAAAUGAUAAUGUAAGUCGAACAUGGAUUAAGAUUGAAUUUUCGUUAUUUUUAAUUGGUCAAAUUGUAUCUAUUCCUUGUUAUAUAUUUGUUCUAUAUCAUUUUUUAGCACAUAAAAUAACUCGACGUGCACUUCAUAAUCAUGUUAUUAUAAUUUUAUUAAUUUAUAAUUUUAUCGAUUUAACAGUUGAUCUAUCUCUAACAAUGACUUAUUCAUUAUUUGAUAUCGUCUCACCAUUUUCUCCAAUAGUUUGUCUUCUAUGGCAAUUUAUAGAUUAUGGAAUCUGGUAUGGUACAAUAUCUUUAAUGUUUUGGGCAUCAAUUGAACGACAUAUUCUUGUUUUUCAUUCAAAUAUUAUUCGUACAAAACAAAGGCGUAUUAUUCUACAUUAUAUUCCACUUCUAUUUUUUUCUCUUUAUACUCCAAUCUUAUAUUUUUAUUUAAUAUUUCUCUAUCCAUGUGAUCAUGUAUUUCUUAGUACACAUGUUCGUUGUGGUUCACUUUGUUAUUUUUAUUCAGCUCCAGUUUGGUUUAUUUAUUAUGAUACACUUGCUCAUUAUACAAUACCAAUAUUAUUAAUUACUUUAUUUAGUAGUAUUCUUAUUUUACGUUUUAUUAAACAAAAAUCUCGUUUAAAACAAGCAAUAAAAUGGCGUCAAUGUCGAAAAAUGAUUAUUCAACUUUCACUUGUAUCGAUUUCUUAUCUUGUUUUUGAUUUACCUUAUAUUAUUAUAAUUAUUGUACAAUCAUCUGGUUAUCCGAAUUUUGGUAGUGAAAUAAUAACACCAUAUAUUUCACAUUUAGUAUAUGUUCCUCCAAUUGUUGUACCAUAUGCUACGCUUCUCUCAUUACCUCGAUUAAAAUAUAAACUUCGAUCAUUACUUAUUUGGAAAAGAAAUAGACGAAUUAUAGCUCCAAUAACUGUAGUACAAUAA